AUGGAUAAAUAUAUAUAUUUAUUUUCUCAUGAGAGAGAGCCUGACGUGGGAAAGGAUUCAUUAAAAGAAACUUGGAGCAGUGAGGAAGAAGAGUAUGCGGGGUCUUCACGUAUGGUGUCCUCCUCUUGGCAUCCAGGUAUGCCAGUUAUUUCUGAAAUUGAGCUUCUUCAGAUAGCUCAGAUUCAACCAUUAAUUCUCAACUUUGGUGAGAAAUCAGCCAUCAAGAAUUGCUUUGAAAUGCUACAGAGAAAAGUGCAGACUGGUGAAAUCCUCCAGGAGUUUAUGGAUUUAGAAUAUGAGGGUCCUUCUGAUGAGUUCAGCUGUGGGAAUGAACCAUCCAAUAGAGACAAAAACAGAUACCGAGAUAUUCUUCCAUAUGAUUCAACACGUGUACCUCUUGGAAAAAACAAGGACUACAUCAAUGCUAGUUAUAUUAAAAUAGUGAAUUCUGGAGAAGAAUAUUUUUACAUUGCUACCCAAGGACCACUGCCAGGAACCAUAAGUGAUUUUUGGCAAAUGGUUUUGGAAAAUCAAGCUAAUGUUAUUGCCAUGAUGUCUAGAGAGGUAGAAGAUGGAAUUGUCAAGUGCCACCGGUACUGGCCUAGGUCCCUGAAAAAGCCUUUGGAUUUGAAAUAUUUCCGUAUCUUCCUUGAAAACUACCAGAUAUUUCAAGAUUUCAUCAUUCGAAUUUUAAAAGUUGUGGAGAAGACUACCGGAACUGUUCACUUUGUAAAACAGUUGCAGUUCACCAACUGGCCAGACCAUGGCACUCCUGCCUCAACAGAUAAUUUUAUUAAGUUUGUUCGUCUGGCAAGGAAGAGUCACCAGAGGGGACCCAUCGUUGUUCACUGCAGUGCUGGCAUAGGCCGGACUGGGGUGAUGCUGUGUAUGGAUGUCGUGUUCUGUGCCAUCGAAAAGAAUUUUCUGGCCUAUGCAGGGAGCACGGUGGCUCCCUACGAUAAGCACUGA